CGGCGCUCCCGCCCUCCCUCCCGAGACACGAGCCGAACUGGGCGUCAGGUCGGGGAGCCGGUCGGGUUCCCGCUCGCCGCCGCCGCCGCCGCCGCCGCCGCCGCCGCCGUCGUCUCCCGCAGAGCCGCUCCCGCCUCUUCGCCGCGCCAGCCGCGGGAGCUACAUCGCUCACUCGGCUCGGCUGUAGAGCCGCCAGUCCCGGAGCACCGAGCGCCAACGCGACAAACCGAGUCCCUCGUCACCUUAAGCCGAGGCGACCCCUCCCGGGUCCGCCCUCGCCCCACACGGCCGCCGGAGCCUCCGGUCCAGAGCGGCCCCUCGCCCGCAGCCCGGCCCGGGACUCCCGUGGCCGCCGUCCCCCGCUCGGACCAUGGACUCCGACUCCUGCGCCGCCGCCUUCCAUCCGGAGGAGUACUCCCCCAGCUACAAGAGGCGCAGGACCGUGGAGGACUUCAACAAGUUCUGCACUUUCGUCUUGGCUUAUGCUGGCUACAUCCCAUACCCGAAGGAGGAGCUCCCUCUGAGGAGCAGCCCCAGCCCUGCCAACAGCACCGCGGGCACUAUUGAUAGUGACGGCUGGGAUGCAGGUUUCACCGACAUCGCGUCCUCCGUGCCCCUGCCAGUGUCCGACCGCUGCUUUAGCCAUCUGCAGCCCACCCUCCUGCAGCGGGCAAAGCCCAGCAACUUCCUGCUAGACAGAAAGAAGACAGAUAAACUGAAGAAGAAGAAGAAGAGGAAGCGAAGGGACAGCGAUGUCCCGGUGAAGGAGGCCUACCGAGGGGGCGUGCUGAAGCUGGAGGCUGCAGACCCAUACUCUGAGACCCCCGAGAGCCCCGCCCUGCAGGGUCUGCCCCAAGCCCCCAGCGAGCCCUGCUCAGGCUGGGACUCCGACACUCCCUCGAGUGGCUCUUGUGCCACCACUGUGUCACCCGAUCAGGUCAAAGAAAUAAAACCUGAAGGCAAACGGACUAUUGUCCGGCAGGGGAAGCAGGUGGUGUUCCGGGACGAGGACAGCACUGGCAACGAUGAGGACAUUAUGGUGGACUCAGAUGACGAUUCCUGGGACCUAGUCACCUGCUUCUGCAUGAAGCCAUUUGCGGGCCGUCCCAUGAUAGAGUGUAACGAGUGCCACACCUGGAUUCACCUGUCCUGUGCGAAGAUCCGGAAGUCCAACGUUCCGGAAGUGUUCGUCUGCCAAAAGUGCCGGGACUCCAAGUUUGACAUCCGCCGUUCCAACCGCUCCCGAAUGGGCUCCCGCAAGCUGUUUCUGGACUGACUGUUGCUGGCAGGAGACUCUGGGCAAGGGAGGGCAAGGGAACAGAAGGGACGGCGCUCUGUGGCCCUCCCUCAGCUGAGCACAGAACUCUUAGCUCGGUGUGGGCAGAUCUCUCAUUCAGGUGCCUAAGCAAAGGACAGGCUGUCCCAGGUAGAAACUGUACAUAGCCAGGGAGCAGAACGCCUUCGUCAGCCCCGGCCGCUGCCAGAGCUGUGUUCCUGGCGGCGGCAGUGGAUGAACACCUAAGUGCAGUGGCUUUGUUCAGCUGACAGCGAGGGUACACGGUCCCCGUGAAGUUGUACUGUCGUUGUUCGCCGUUCCCACUCUUCCGAGCCAGUGCUAGCUGUUAUCCUGCUUCCGCAGUGCUGGGGAGAGGAGCUACCCGGUCUCCCCAGCCUGCAGACGAACAGCCAUAUGUGUCUGUUUCUUCUUCGUGUCAGUCUCACCUAAGUGUCUGCACAGUGGAUGUCCGAAUCACCCCUUCUCUGUGGUCCAUGCUCCGCCUGCCUCGGCCGCACCCGAGGGUCCCAGGAGCUGCUGUGGAGUUGGGGGUGGCGGGUGAGCUGGUAGUUCUUUGGUUUCCCUGUUUGCUGAAAGGGACAGGAUGUGGCCACCUCUCUGGGAAUGGGGUUGGUUGGGGGUCAAGGUGGCCCAUGUUCAUAACUCAGUUUCCGGUUUUGCACGACAUACAAACCUGUCUUUUUGCACGACACAGCCAAAAGUAUUGGCCGAUCUCUUGCUGGGCGCCCUUUCCCUAGUUGGUGUACGGGUGGGCAGGGGCCCGGGCAGCUGUUGGGAGAGCGGGAGUGCUCAGUUCUCGUCUCUUCCCUCACCUGUUCCAGUAGCACAGGAAGUUAGGCAGUUCUUGGGACUCGGAUGGUGGAUGGUGUCCCGCAGUAACGGGGCGGGGCAGGAGAACCUUCCUGGUCUGGCCUGCUACUGCACGGCCAGGGUUAGGGCUCUGGCCCUGCUUCUGAUAUGAACUGCUGUGAGUAGGUGGGGGGUUCUCUGGAGGCGGCCCCAGGCCAGCUGUGGAGGACCCAGGGCCUCAGCUCGGCUGGGUGGGGCUGGAGGCAAAGGGGAGGCCGGUUUUCCGCAGAUUGGCACCGGUCCUCAGCAGUUCAGAUUCACUCUCAAGCCUGUUUGAUAGUCAUGGGUGUGUAUGCAUAGCGCUGUUUCUUCAGGCGCAGAAAGUGUUGUGUUUGCAGCAGCGUGGGUCUGCCCGCCAUGGGCCCCUGGGUUCUCUUCCACUUCCCCUGCAGCAGGGCCUGUUUCUUGGCCUGGUUUCUUGCACGUUUGUCCAGUCACCUGUCUUAGCUUUUAAAAAUCCUGUUGCUUCUAUUAAAGUGUGAAAGUAGAGAGAAAAGGCUUGUGAAACUCAGUUAUUGUGAAGAUCCUGAAGGAGAAUUCUGUAGAGAGACAGCUGGCUUAGACACAGCUCCGGCCUCUGCCUGGGGCGAACCUCUGGGCAGGUUGGGGAGGAGUUUGCCAAAUAUCUGCCCAUGACAAUGCCCGUCCUCCAGUCCGCACUGUUAGAAAAACCAAAGUUGCAAAGUGUGUUGCUUCCUUUUUAUAGCUCCACGAGAUUUUAAAUGUGCGUUUGGGAGCCCGCGUGAUUUUAGAGCGGAACUGCCAGCUCUGGUGAUGGUUAUGUGCUCUGGAGCGCAUUCCAUACUCAUCUCAGUCUGUCCCGAUUUGGUUUUGUCCUCUUCACACAUCUGUCCCUGUGUCUGGUGCUGGGCACCUUGGUUUUGGGGUGGGUUGAGCUGGGUCACUUCGGUCAGCUUCUUUAUGCAAAUUAGGCAUGACCCAGAGUCUGGGGGCUCCAGGUUGGUGGCGGACGGAGGGUGGCUGUUAUCCCUGAGGUUGGCCCCUCUUCCGGGCUUCAGCCAGGCCAGACACUCGCCAUCGUUUACGUGGUUCUGUGUAAUUACAAAGUUUAUGCGUAUAAGCGAGCUGUUUCUGUGAAACUGUACAUUUUGUAAAUAAAAAUACUGCUACUUUGAGGGUC